CAGUCCGCUGGAGGGGCGUGGCGUGGCGGAGGUCCCGAGUUCGGGGGGCCGGAGGUGGGAGAGCGACGGGACUGGACUGGACUGGACAGGACAGAGCUGGACUGGACUGGAUUAGGCAUGGCCGGCAGCAGCCAGGAGCGCAGCCUGCGGGAGGAGCUGACCUGUGCCAUCUGCUGCGAGCUGUUCAGCGAGCCCGUCAUGCUGGACUGCAUGCACCACUACUGCCGGGGCUGCAUCGUGCGCUACUGGGACAGCUGCGCCCGCGGCCCCUCGUGCCCGCAGUGCCGCCGCAGCUGCCCCGGCCGCGCCUUCCGCACGCACUACCUGCUGGCCGGCCUGGUGGACAAGGUGCGGCGCUGCGGCUCCCGGGAGCACCGGCACAGGAUGCAGAAGCACCUGGAAGAUGCUUUGCAGGCCCGUCAGAAGGAGCUGGAGAAGUUGCUGCAGAAGAAGCGUGUGGUGCAGGAGGACAUCUGCAGCCUGACGAAAGUGUCUGGGGAGCUGAACUUCAAGAUUCGGGCUGAGUUUGCUCGCCUUCAUCAGAUCCUGGAGGAAGAGGAGAGAGCUGUGCUGGCAGGGCUGGGUGAGCAGGAGGAGCAGUCCCUGGCCCAGCUGCACAGGCAGGUUGGCCAGCUGGAGGAGGGGAUGGCAGUGCUGCAGAGGGACAUCGAGCACGUCAGGCAGACCCUGAGCAAGAUGGAAGAUGUGUCACUGCUGGAGGUGGAGAGCCUGGAUAUCAGGCCCUCGGUGAGUGUUGAGACCCAGCCUGCCCUGGACCUGCAGCACUACAGGGACAGCCACAGUGGGCCCUUGCAGUACAUCUUCUGGAGGCAGAUGCUGCGCUCCAUCUGCCCUGCUCCUGCCCCGCUCACCUUUGACCCUGAGUCAGCCCACCCCAACCUGGUCCUGUCCAGGGAUCUGACAGCAGUGACAGAGAGGGACCGAGCCCAGCGUGUCCCCGCCAGCCCUCGGCGCUUCCGCCAGUGCGUCAACGUGCUGGGCUCGCAGGCCUUCGACCGUGGCCAGCACUACUGGGAGGUCUGGGUGGGCAGCAAAACCAAGUGGGACCUGGGGGUGGCUGCUGAGGCCGUGGACAGGGCAGCCAAGGUCAGGCUGUGCCCAGAGAACGGCUACUGGACACUGCGCCUGCGGAACAGGACCGAGUACUGGGCCAGCGCCAGCCCCUGGGUGCGCCUGGCUCCCCGGCGGCCCCCGCGCAAAGUGGGCGUCUUCCUGGACUGCCAGGAGGGCACCGUGGCUUUCUUUGAUGCUGGGGACAUGUCCCACCUCUUCACCUUCCACCAGGUCUCUGCAGAGAGAUACUGCCCCUUCUUCAGCACCUGCUUCAGUGACGGGAGGGACAACGGGGAGCCCAUGCGCCUCUGUCACCUGGCGCUGUGAGGGUGCACUGGGACACCAACCUGGCUCCUGCCCAGGGCUGUGCUGGGGGCCAGCUCUGCACACACAAGCCUGAGGGUGUUGGAGGAGCUGGUUUGGGUUGUUCUGGGAGGAAGGAGGGUAUGAGUCUCUUCCCAGGUCCUGUCUGCCCUCCUUUCCCUGUGCCGUGGCUGUGGUUGCCACAAGGCAUUCACAGGGGUUCCUGGCACCCCUAGAAGAACAACCUCCCCUUCCUGAGCACAGCACAGGAAGUGUUACUGCUGUUACAGUUCAGUAACAGCAGCCACGGGGCUGCAGGGCAGGGGGCUGUGAGUUGCUGGCACCUCCUGCCUCUCUGUGCUCCCACCCAUCAGCCCCAUGGAGGAGGGCAGCAGUCCCGGGCACCAUCGGGUGCCUCUCAACCCCGCAUCCCGACCAUCCAUCCGUGCUCUGCUGCAAGGGCUUCCCGGGGCAGGGCUGCGGGCCGGCAGCAGAGGGAGCUCGGUGCACAGCCUGGGGACUGCAGCGCGGCUCCUUCACCUCGGUUGCUAUUAAAGCUCAUUAGAAAGCCGCUGGUGCCUGCUGGGGCUGCUCAGGGCUUGUCUGCUGGGGGUUUCUCCUGCUCUGGGGGGUGGCACAGCCUGGGGCACCCAGAGCCCUGCUCCAGCCCUGGCUCUCCUGUGCCUGCAGCGCAGGAGGCUCAAACAGCCACUGCUCCCAUGUAGUUCCUUGGAGUGCUCCCUUGACAUCUCACAGUGGCUUUUCACCAUUUGCUGUUUGAGAACAGGGCAGAGAGGCUCUGAGCCUAGCCCUGAUCUUGGGCUACAGUGUUUUAAGAUUUGGCCAUCUCUGGCCUGGCUGGGUGUUAAGGAUUUGUACAUGUGGAAAAUGCCAAGUGCCAAUUCUUUCAAAUUCAGCAGGA